CAUGGGUCACUUUCCUUUUGCUUGCCCUCAUCCCUCUCUCGCACUCACACGCUGAACUCCCACUUACCACCCUUUGUCACAUACGAGAUUGCAAAGGCGCGCAACGUUCACAUUCCCGACGAGGAUAUACAGCUCGCGCCUGCUCGCCGCUCAAGAGGCGCGCAUCGGCGUUCCACGAGGCACAUUCGGCUGCACAGCCUAGCUCUGCUGGCCUCGCCAUCCCGCACCUCUUUGGGUGCUCCAAGGAGCUUUGCUCUGCACUUGUCUUCCAAACUGUCACGUCCCAAGCACAUCAACGCACCUCUGCGCAAUACGACGUGGUCAGCCCUCCGACCUGAUUCUUGCCUGCCGCUACUUUCACAAGUCUCUUGCUGGGACACACAAGCACUGAGCCCGUAGACAUACACUUUCUGUACGACUGUACACCAUGUCUUGGAAGCUUGGAAAGAAAAUCAAGGAGGGAGCGCUGGGAGCGCGAUCGCCCUCCAUGAGCGCCGAAGGGACGUCCAUCGAUCGCAGUGCGACGCCCACGCCUGCCACGUCUGGCCUACCUACUGGUGCAAAUGCCAACUCGCUCUCCUCUUCCAAUGGCGCACCGAUACCCAGAUCAGGUAUGCUGACCAUCGGAGUGAUAGAUGCUAAGGGACUAGCACUUCCACCCGGUGCGCAAGUCUCUGCGGCUAUCGAGAGAGCACAGGCUUCAGGCGGCAUUGGUGUCGGCUCUUUUGGAGCUCAAAAUUUAGGAUCUGGAAGCAAUAGACAGUCCCUUCAGAGAAGGCAGUGCUGGUGGCUGCCCUACCUCGUCCUUGAAUUCGACAAGAACGAGAUCUUGAUCGAUGCCAUGGGUGGAGACCUGGCCAAUCCUACUUGGAUGUACAAGGCUAACUUCGAUGUCUCGCGAAAUUCGGAGAUCUCUCUGCAGUGCUACUUACGCUCUGGUGACGGACCCAAGGUGAACGGUAAUAAUGGCGAUGCGGCGCAAAAGGACGGGGAAGGAGACGAUGUGAUGGGUGUCAGCGACAUUUAUCUUGGUGGAGUCAAAUGGGUGCCAGACUUUGAGAAUCAGCGCACUACGGACGAAUGGUACCCGCUGAGCGUUGGAAAUGGGCAGUUGCACGUCCACGUCUCCUACAAAUCCGAUUCAGGGGGAUCCUCAUUGACCAUGGAGGCUUUCGACCUGCUCAAAGUCAUUGGCAAAGGUAGCUUCGGCAAGGUCAUGCAAGUAAGGAAAAGAGACACCUCGCGUAUCUAUGCCCUCAAGACUCUCAGAAAAGCGCACAUCGUUUCGCGCUCCGAGGUCACACACACACUGGCAGAAAGGACAGUGCUUGCAAAGGUCAACUGUCCCUUCAUCGUGCCCCUCAAAUUCAGCUUCCAAUCUCCCGACAAGCUCUACCUUGUUCUGGCAUUUGUCAAUGGUGGCGAGCUGUUCCACCACCUCCAACGUGAAGGCAGGUUCUCGGAGGAGAGGGCGCGUUUCUACGCCGCAGAACUGCUCUGCGCCCUCGAGCAUCUGCAUGGCUUCAAUGUCAUCUAUCGCGACUUGAAACCGGAAAACAUCCUACUCGACUAUACGGGCCACAUUGCGCUCUGUGAUUUUGGUCUGUGCAAAUUGAACAUGGGUGAUUCCGAGACAACGAAUACUUUCUGCGGCACACCAGAGUACCUGGCUCCUGAGCUUUUGCUUGGGCAUGGCUACACUCGUGCAGUGGAUUGGUGGACGCUGGGUGUCUUGCUCUAUGAGAUGCUCACCGGGCUGCCACCAUUCUAUUCUGAAGAUGUCAACGAAAUGUACCGCAAGAUUCUGCAAGACCCUUUACGAUUCGGAGACGAAGUGCAUUCGGAUGCUAGGAGCUUGCUGACUUUGCUGCUCAAUAGAAACCCUGCGGAGAGGCUGGGAUCUGGACCCAACGGUGCUCAAGACAUCAAGAACCAUCCGUUCUUUGCAAAGCACAUAGAUUGGACCAGGUUGCUUGCCAAAAAGGUCCAGCCGCCCUUUAAGCCUGCCGUGGCAUCUGCCAUCGACACGUCCAACUUUGACCCAGAAUUCACAAACGAGCCCGCCAUUGACUCGGUCGUCGACGAUAGUCACAUGCUGAGCGCCACCGUUCAAAAUCAAUUCUCUGGCUUCUCGUGGAACGGACGCGGAGAGCUCAGCGAAAGCGUGCGAGACGAUUGAGCUCCGACUUUGUAGCAUGGAAUCAAGUCCACAGGCGCUCGCGAGCUACGCGCAAUAGAUCCCUUUCCGCUCUCUCUCUCUCUCGCUCGCUACCGCUCUUCACGUUGUCCACAUAGUGCGAUCACAGAGCACGCGCUCGUGACGUCUUUGCUGGUGGGCCGCGACCGACCCCAACUUUACUCUCGUUAUUUUCGGCUCGGUGUCUCUCGUCUCACUCCCCGCAUUCAUACCGUACCCGACUCGUAAUAGCAAUGGUGAAUGUGAUCAUCUCG